AUGAAUAUUUAUACCAUCCACAACAUCUCCAAUAAUAUUGCUGGUUUCAUCCUCCUUGGGUUCCCCUGUAGUAGAGAGAACCAGCUCCUCUUCUUCUCACUGUUAUUCAUCAUCUACAUUCUAACUCUCUUGGGAAAUGGGGCCAUCAUUUGUGCAGUGAUCUGGGAUCAGAAACUCCAAACACCAAUGUAUAUACUCCUAGCCAACUUUUCCUUCUUAGAGAUUUGCUACGUUACCACCAUCAUCCCUAAUAUGUUGGCCAACUUCCUCUCUGAGACCAAGGUAAUCUCCUUCUCUGGCUGCUUCCUCCAGUUCUACUUCUUUUUCUCUUUGGGUAUCACAGAAUGUUUUUUUCUUGCAAUUAUGGCAUUUGAUAGAUACUUAGCCAUCUGCCGGCCUCUGCACUAUCCAACCAUCAUGACCAUACGUCUCUGCACCGACUUGAUAAUCAGUUGCUGGGCACUUGGCUUCCUCUGGUUCUUGGUCCCCAUCAUUAUCAUUUCUCAGAUGUCCUUCUGUGAUCCUAAGAUUAUUGACCACUUUGUCUGUGACCCAGGGCCACUGCUAGCUCUCACGUGCACCCGAGUCCCUAAGAUGGAGCUUACUUGUUCCACCUUGAGUUCUCUCAACCUCUUUGCCCCUUUUGGAUUCAUCAUGGGGUCUUAUGCCCUUGUCCUGAGAGCUGUGCUGAAAGUCCCUUCCACAGUGGGUCGGCGCAAAGCCUUCUCUACUUGUGGUUCUCACUUAGCUGUGGUGUCACUAUUCUAUGGAUCUGUGAUGGUGAUGUAUGUGAAGCCAACUUCAGGACACGAUUCUGGGACCCAGAAGAUUGUGACCCUCUUUUAUUCUGUUGUUACCCCAUUUUUAAACCCUAUGAUCUACAGCCUUAGGAAUAGGGAAAUGAAGGAAGCCCUGAAGAAAGUUCUGGGGAAAAGAGAAUUAGAAUCUUAA